CUUCUUUAGAGGGAAAUUUAUUCUCAAGGUCGCCGAUUGCGAGUUUUUUGAUAUACGGUGUCGAUUCACACAAAACUAGGCUACUUAUGUGGCACAGAAUCUGUUCCUGAUCUGCUGUAUACUGAAAAAUAAUGUCGUCAACUCAGAUACGAAACUACGUGGCGGAACUUUCUAAUUUAAAGGAUCAAUUCAACACCCUUUCUAGCCAAUCUAGUGAGAAGCUUAAAAAGAUUAUUCAAACUGUCCAAUCUUAUCAAACGCGUAUGGAGCCGCUAAAUAAAAAUAUGGAACAACUUCAGAUUUUACAAAGAAAUUUAGAGGCCUGUCGAUUAAAGUUAAGUCAAGUGCAAGAGUAUCACCGCACCGGUCGUGAGUUGGAAAAUACUAUUAGACAAGGACCGACAGUUUUUACUGACAAAUUUUUAAAGGCUAUGGAACGUAUAAAGGAUGCGUUGGCUUAUUUUCAAGAGAAUAAUCCACAAGAUGUUGAAUUUAGUCGAUUGACAUCAUUGUAUUCAAUUGGUUUAGGAAGCUUGGAACGUGAAUUCGAUGGUUUAUUAAGACAAACUUUCCGUCCUAUAGAUGAUGCUACUUUAAUAAGAUUAAUGGAUCAAAAAGUCUCUGACAAAAAAUCAGGUGAUGGUUCAUUAACUGAAGAUACAGAACAAAUAGAGGAUAUUCCAAAUAAUAUGUUGAAUAGUUUACGUUUUCUUGCUAAAUGGAUGAGUGAAAAUCAAUCAUUUGUAAACAAACCACAAGGUAUAUCUCAAGGAUGUUUGACAAAAUAUUGUGAAUGCCGUCGUGAACUUAUCCGUUUAAAUUUAGUAAGAGUACGUGAAUUAUUAAGAAAAGCUGAAAAUCCAUCAUCAUCAUCAUCUGGCACAAUAUCUAAACCAGGAUUUCUGCCGCCAAACGUACGUGGUCGCGCUAAACGCCUCCCUGGAUUCGUUUGGGAUAUAAAUGCUGUUCGACUGAUUAAUGAAGCAGAAACCGAUGAACUUGAUUCUGAACACUAUGCUAUCGCUCUAGGUGUUCUUGUCAAAUUAAUGCAAAAUGAAUGUAUUUUGUUGGAUCGUUUACAGUUGACUGCUAGUCCACAAGAUUCUCAAGUGUUAUUGUUCAAUAUAUUUAAAAACGGGUCAUCUGAUAUCCUAACUGAAGGAACUACACUAACUCGUUUAAUGCAUCGAGCUCAAGGACGGGCAGAAUUUCAUAUGGUUAUGUCAUUAUUAGUAGUACUCAAAAAGUUUUUCCAAAUUUCUGAUGAUCUUGUAUCUGUACUUCAGGGUGUUGAUAAUGUAUUAAUUGAUUUUAAUCAAUUAGUUCUUCGUUUAUUAAGUCAAAGUAAAAUAACGCUAGAAACUUAUGUACAAUUUUUACAACAAGUUACAGAAAAAUCUAGUUCAAAUAGUAAUAUUGUACCCGAAGAUGGAACAAUACAUGAACUUACAACUAAUGCAUUGAUGUAUUUAGAAAACUUGUUAGAAUUCGCUGAUAUUAUUGGCACUACUUUGUCAUUUACUGAAGCUGGUCCACAAGCUACCACUAACACACUUAAAUAUCUUACCACUAUUGGCCAAAAUCAUGCCUUUUUGGAAAAUAAAUUUGGGAAUUAUUUAUUUAAUGCUAUAUUCGCUCUUAUGACAAAUUUGGAACGUAAAUCAGAAGUUUAUUCUGAAGAGAUACGUCGAAUGAUUUUCCAAAUGAAUAAUAUUCAGUACAUAUUGAAAAGUAUUUAUAAGACAAAUAUUCACCGUUAUCUUUUAUCACAAGAUCGUGAAGCUGUUGCCAAAAUUACUAGUAUAUUGGAUGAACGUAAACUUUUUUAUACACGAUGUUGUGCUGAUAUACUACACCUACGACCUUUUCCUGAAAGUUGUGGAUCAAGUAGUAUUCGUCGACGUAGAGCCUCUCAAUUUGGAUCUGUGUUACUAGCUUCUGUAUUAUCACCAAAUCUAAACACUAAUCAUCAUAAACAUUCAACCACUAACAAUGAGCAAUCUCAAGAUACUGUGGAUGAACAUCUAACCAAGGUGUCUUUUUUUGUGCUAAAUAUAGUACUAUCUCAUCGAUUUCGAGUUGACUUCUUACUAGUCUGUAAAAUCUCUCGUAUUUUCAUAUAUUGUGUUUAUGCAUGCAAUAGCCUUGUUUAUCAUGAUUUGAUAAUGAAGAAUUAUUGAAUAAUAAUGAUUGUGUGAUUGUUUUCAUUUAUCAAUUUUCUAGUUAGUAGUAAUCAUAACUCUUAUCUUAACUCUUUGCAUUCCUACUAAUGGUCAUUAUUGCGGCAAACAUAAUUUGGUGCUUUAUACUGGCAUGUUAAUAACAUAGUACUAUACUAUAACCUUAAUUAUUUUGUCUCGAAAUUAUUUUACCUAGAGGAUCUUUUCUUUUCUUUUCAUGUUAUGCUGAAUAAUCUAGGAAAUUGUGAAUAAUUUUUUUAACUUUUUUCAAAAUUCUUUUAUUUUUGAAUUUGUUUCGUUUUCUGUUUCUAUGUAUGAAAUUGAUCCUAAUUCUUUGUAGGUGUGCACGCAUGCUUUCAUUACCAGAUGGUAAUAUUUUAAAUCGUAUUACUGGUUUAAUUAAUCGUUAUUCUGUGAGUUAAUUUACUAAUAUAACAUCGUUAUAUUUGUAUAAAUCAUUCAUAAUGCAUGUAUGUUUAUUUGUGUAAAUCAUUCAUUCUCUUAUUAUUUUAACAGUAGAUCAUCUACUUGAAUGUAUCUAUCAUUUUAUCGAGUAAAUUGUUUUUUAACUGUAACUUGUUUGUUCUAUAUUUAUCUCUUUUACUUUAAUAGAUAGAUCAAAAGGAGAGAUCUUUUUUAAAAUCCCUUUGGAAUGAUUUUAAUAAUGGACUGAAUACUUUAACUAAACAACAUCAUCUUAUUUCAAUACCUGAUCGAGAAUUGAAAAAUAGUUUAGAGCAUCAAUUAGUACGGGAUCUAGUCGCUUUAUAUCGUGGUUUCUGGGAAAAAUCAAUGUCUAUCGCAUUCACAACAAAUCGUGAUAAAUAUAUUAAAUUGUCCGUUGAAGAAUUUGAAAUUCGAAUACGACAUUUGUUUCAUGGAACAUCAACUAACAGCACACGUCAAUAAAAAAAUACUUCCUUUUUUUAUAAUAAACGAAAUAGUGAUCUUCAUACCGUUAUUAUCGUUGAUUUUGUUACUUUAGUUGUUUCUUUAUUUGAAAGAAAAAAGACUUAGUUCCUUCGCAAUGUUUUCUCCACAAAAUAUAAAACUGAAUUCUCUGUUUUUAUUUUUCUCUUUCUUUCUUUGUUUUGUAAUAAAUAGUUUGAAAACUUACAUUGAUACCGUACAAUAAUUAAAUGCUUAAUCAAAUACAC